AUGAAUACACAACUUCAACAUGACCUGAUAGCAAAAUAUACCGAAUUCAAGAAUACAGCCACUAAAAUUGGACUAGAAGAAGCACUCGUGCAAUAUAAGACAGUCGGGCAGCAAGAUUGGAAAUUCGAAGUGCUUUGUGAGCUUUAUUUCAUACAAUUCACUGUAAAAACAGAGCCCAUUGACCGUGCCAACAAAAACAUACGAUCAGUAACGCGAUUAUUAAACAAUGAAGCCUUUUUAAAAGAAAAUGGAAUGCUUGUAGUGGAUAUCAUUGAGCUAUUUGAUGAAAUAGAAGGGGAUCAAGGAAAUCUGCUGUCAUGGAAGUACCUAUUAGAGGGGUUCAUUCACUUGUCAACGAGAUCAGAAAUUAUCAAAGGAUUAGCGAAAAACAACGAGAUUACGUACAAAGAGUUUAUAGAUCAUUUACUGCAUUGCGUGCAUCGAUUGGACUCUCGAUAUUCAAUUCAACUGAGCGAAAUGAUUUACAAGGCGAUAGAGGAAUAUCCAGAAUAUGCAUUUGUGCUCAGGUUCAAAUUAGCAGAGAUGCGAAUACUACCGGACCUCAUUACUCGACUGACAGUGGUGUAUUGUCGCGAUACUGUUGAAUUUCUAAACGGUAUUUUCUACACCAACUCAACAUGGUUUUUGGCGCAGUCUGUGAAUAGUGGACAGUAUUUCGUAAAGAUGAAGAAUCGAAUCAUGGCAAGCAUCGAAUCCAAUGUCCAGAGUGAACAGAUGAACACUGUGGCAGUCUCAUUUGCUCUCCGAGCAUUGAUUGGGAUUGUAGCUUAUUUUGGCAUCAAAUUGAAGGAAGAUGAAGUAGCUGUCUGCAUCAAAUUGCUUGGCAAGACACGAUCAGAAAGACUAGUCAAACUUUUAUUGUGCUUAAUACUCUUAUCGGCAGACCAGUUUUUAAGAAAACAGAACGAUUUAUCCAAAGUGCUGAGCCAACUGUUGCAGUCAGAGAUAUCAGAGAUGCCACUAUUGAUCUUGGUCUAUUUCCAAACAGAUGCAAUCCAGCAAGUGGAAGACAUGAUUCGAUCUGUGCUAUCUAUGCAAGUGCCUAUACCUAAAUUAGGGCUCUUUGAAAUGCAAAAGCUGUUUCGAUCGUUGAAGCCAGCAGCGGCAACAGCUGUGGUUUGA